AUUCCUGUUCAAUGUUGCCACAUCAUCACAACACAACACGACAACUUAAAGAUGGCUUUUUUGCUUCUGCUGGUGAUGCUGACAGCAUGUGCUGCAAUUCCUCAAGAUUUGUCUGGUAAAAUGUUCACCUUCCCAGAGGAAACCAACACAGCAAAUGUGAGACUGAAAACAUCAACACAGGAUUUCAGAGCUGUGACUGUCUGUCUCAGGUCCAUUACAGACCUCAGCAGAGAUCACAACCUUUUCUCUGUGGCCACACCAUCCGCUCAAAAUGCCUUCCUGAUAUUCAAGACCGCUUCAAGUGUGAUUGAUUUUUUUGUCAGCAAUAAACAGGUACAAUUUGGAGCAGAGGACUACAAGCUGAACAUGUGGCACUCUAUUUGUUCUACAUGGGACUCUAAGACUGGACUGGUGCAGCUGUGGUUUGAUGGAAAGUCCUCAAUUAGGAAAUUUGCUGGAGGAUCAAACAUUACUACACCCAGUGUUAUCCUUGGACAGGAGCAGGAUUCCUUCGGUGGGGGGUUUGAUGUUAAGCAGUCUUUCGUUGGCAUGAUGUCUGAU